GAGGACUCUCGUGGGCGAUUAAUGGGCGCGCGCGCGGAGGGGCACGAGCGCUCGCGCGCAUUCACUCGCUCGUUCAUCGACACGCAGACUCACUCGCUCGUUCAUCGACACGCAGACUCACUCGCUCGUUCAUCGACACACAGACUUACUCGCCCGUUCAACGGCACGCAGACUCACUCGCCCGUUCAUCGGCAAGCGGACUCACUCGCCCGUUCAACGGCACGCAGACUCACUCGCCCGUUCAACAGCACGCAGACUCACUCGCUCGUUCAUCGACACACAGACUCACUCGCUCGUUCAUCGGCACGCAGACUCACUCGCUCGUUCAUCGACACACAGACUUACUCGCCCGUUCAACGGCACGCAGACUCACUCGCCCGUUCAUCGGCAAGCGGACUCACUCGCCCGUUCAACGGCACGCAGACUCACUCGCCCGUUCAACAGCACGCAGACUCACUCGCUCGUUCAUCGACACACAGACUCACUCGCCCGUUCAUCGGCAAGCAGACUCAUUCGCUCGUUCAUCUGCACGCAGACUCACUCGCUCGUUCAUCGAUACACAGGCUCACUCGCUCGUUCAUCGACACUCACCGGCUUGACUCGCACGUUCACUGGCCGGUUCACUCGCACGCUCACUGGCUUGUAGCGGCUUACGGGGCUGGCUUGCGUGCAUCCGUGCGUCUGCAGCAGAGGCGUGCGGGCGGGCGCUGCUCUCUCCGUCUCGAGCCUCUGCGGUGCGCCUGGCCCGGAGUGAGCCGACUGCUCUCCAGACCUCGCGCAAACGCACCCGUUGACCGCUUGGAUUGCUGCGCACCGCCGCUCCACUUCCUCCUCCUCGUCGUCGUCCUCGCCGUCCUCGCCCCGUGAACGCGGCACCCGGCGCGUUGUCCGACCGUCCGGCCACGAUGGAGGCCUUCCCCACCGGCCGGUUCGUCGCAGUAGUGACGGUGGCGAUGGCGGCUCUGCUGUGCGAGCGUCACCACCCCCUCGCCGUGACCCUACCUCUUGACCCCCAAAUCAUGAAAGAGGUUAAGCAGCCUCCGUCCAUCACCCGACAGUCACCGGUGGAUUACAUCGUGGACCCACGGGACAACAUCGUGGUGGAGUGUGAGGGCCAAGGCAACCCAACGCCCAAGUUUCAGUGGCGCAAGGACGGGCGGCGGUUUGACCCGGACGACGACCCCUACGUGAGCUGGCACGAGGGCUCGGGCACCAUCACCAUCGACAUGGUGGCGGCCGGCAUCGCCGAGGCCUACGAGGGCAUCUACCAGUGCUCGGCGGAGAACGAGGGCGGCACGGCGCUCUCCGAGAACAUCACCGUGCGGCUGUCACGUGCCCCCCUGUGGCCCCGUGAGAACCUGGAGCCUGUCGUGGCGAUGGAGGGCUCCUCCGCCGUACUGCCCUGCAACCCGCCCGACGGGCUGCCCCCUCCCAUCAUCUUCUGGAUGGACGGCUCCAUGGAGAGGGUCCCGCAGGACUCGCGCGUGUCGCAGGGCCUCAACGGCAACCUGUACUUCGCCAACGUGCUCCCGACGGACGGCAAGGACGACUACGUGUGCUACGCGCGCUUCACGCACACGCAGACCAUCCAGCAGAAGCAGCCGCUCAAGCUGAUCGUCAGGCCGAUGGAUGCUGACAAUGACACUGCGUCCCAGCCAGGGCACGAGCGUCCGUCGAGGAGCCGCCCGGCGUUCCUGGAGCCUGCGGGCACGACGAGCAGCAAGCUGGUGCUCCGCGGGGACACGCUGCUGCUGGAGUGCAUCGCACAGGGGCUCCCCACGCCGGAGCUCCAGUGGAGCAAGCUGGGUGGGGAGAUAACGCGGGACCGCGUCACCUUCGACAACUUCAACAAGACGCUGUCGAUCCGCGACGCGUCGGAGGCCGACAGCGGCAGCUACCAGUGCCGCGCCACGAACAGCGAGGGCAAAGCGCUGCACACCGUCACGGUCACCGUGGAAGCAAAGCCGUACUGGAUCCCUCCGGUCCCGGAGAGCCGCGUCUACUCCCCGCGGGACAACGCGCAGCUCGUGUGCCGCGCGCACGGAACCCCGAAACCACGAAUCCGCUGGCUCAUCAACGGCGCUCCCAUCGACGAGUCCCCCGCGGACCCAGGGCGCCGCGUGGACGGCGACACGGUGAUGCUGAACGACCUGGACGUGGGCGGCAGCGCCGUCUACCAGUGCGAGGCCUCCAACCGGCAUGGCACCAUCCUCGCCAACGCCUACGUCAGCGUGUUGGCCGUGCCCCCACGGAUGCUGACGGAGCCGGACAGGCUGUACAUGACGAGAGAAAAGCAGGUCGUGUACAUCGAGUGCAAGGUGUUUGCGUCGCCACGCCCCAACAUCCUGUGGUUUAAGGGCGUGGAGGGUAGCCAGCUGCAGGGCACACGCUACCGGACCUUCGAGAACGGCACGCUGCGCAUCACGGACGUGCGGCGCACGGACGCCGGCACCUACACGUGCGUCGCGAGCAACGACCUGCGCUCCAACCAGGUCCAGGCGCGCCUCUCCGUCAAAGAGGCGACGCAGAUCUCGGGCCUCCCAAAAAUGCUGAGCGCUCGCAAGGGCAGCGACGUGCGCUUGGAGUGCAUCGUGCGGCACGACCCCAGCCUGGAGGUCACCGUGUUGUGGCGCCGCAACGGCGCCGUGCUGCCCUACGAGAGCAGGUAUCGGGUGAAUGGUUCGAUCCUAGUCAUCGCGAGCGUGCGGGAGGCGGACGAGGCGAGGUUCGUGUGCACCGCGACGACGGGCACCGACUCCGACUCCGCGGGCACCUCCCUCCGCGUCCUGGACCGACCAGACGCCCCGACCGACCUCCGUCUGAGUGAGCGUCAGGACCGCAGCGUUCAUCUGGCGUGGGCCAAGGGGAGCAGCCACAACUCCCCAAUUACAGAAUUCCUCGUGGAGUUUGAGGACGAGCGGUUCGACCCGGGCACGUGGAAGGAGCUGACUCGCGUCAGCGGCAACCGCAGCUCGGCGGAGCUGCGUCUCUCGCCGUACAUGGACUACCGUUUCCGCGUGACAGCGGCCAACGAGGUGGGAGAGAGCCCGCCCAGCGUCCCCUCCGAGUCCCACACCACCGGUCCAGCCGCGCCGGACAUGAACCCGACGGGAGUGAAGGGCGAGGGCACGCAGCCCAGCAACAUGAUCAUCUCCUGGACGCCGCUGUCGGGCGCCGACAGCAACGGCCCGGGGCUGCACUACCUCGUCGGGUGGCGCGUGCGCGGCGCGGGCGGCGACGGCGACGCUGGCGGCGCGUGGACCGACACGCUCGUGACGGAAGCGGCACGCUACGUCGUGCAGCCCACGCCCACCUUCACCGCGUACGAGCUGCGCGUGCGCGCCGUCAACGACGCCGGCGAGGCCCCCGAGCCUCGCGUCGUCAUCGGAUACUCCGGCGAGGACUCUCCCUUGGAGGCACCGGGCAGAGUGGACGUCGAGGUCCUGAACAGCACAUUUGUCCGCGUGUCUUGGGAGCCGGUAACAGAGGCCUCCGUGCGCGGCCACCUUAAGGGCUACAAGGUGUUCUACUGGAAGGUGCGAGAGCUCCUAGGCCACCCCACUCAGGAGCAGCAGCGGCGCCGGCGACGCCGGCGGCGUUCUGACCGCCGCUUCCUGGUGUUCGCGCCCGACCGGCGGCACGGCGUCGUACCGGGACUCGAGCCAUUCUGCUCCUACGAGCUGGACGUACGCGUGUCAAACGGGCGCAGCGACGGGCCGCCCAGCCCCGCACGCUCCUUCCAGACGCCCGAGGGCGUUCCAUCCAAGCCCGAGUUCCUGCGCAUCCAGAGCAUCACGUUCAACUCGGCCACGCUCGUGUGGGCCCCCCCUCUCCAGCCGCACGGUGUCAUCACCGGCUACGUGCUGCACUACCAGAGCGUCAACGGCAGCGGCCCGGAGCUGGGACCGCCGGCGCGCGUGGAGCUGGCGCGGCCCAACGUGACGUCGCACACGCUGGACGGGCUCCGGCGCAACACGCGCUACCGCUUCGGCGUGAGCGCGCGGACACGCGCCGGCGAGGGCGGCUCCGCCGACGAGGAGGGGUCCACCGACCUCGACGUGGCCCCGGCCUGGAUGGACCCCGUUGUGGCCGGCGUGGGCGAGAAUUUUGUAAACCUGAGUCUCGCGGCCGCCCCCAGUGGACGGUCGGCCGACGUGCGUUACGUUGAGUACGCGCCAGCCGAGAGUGACAGCGGCUGGGUUAGAGUCCUGGUAUCGCCCGGGCAGACGUUCGCCGUGAUCUCGGGCCUCGAGCCCGGCACCGCGUACCGCCUGCGCUGCUCGGUCGAUACGACGCCCGGCGGCGUUAGUUACGGUGGCGAGGUGCCCGUUGAGACGAUGAGCACAGAGGUGGCGAGCGCGCAGCUGACGAUUGCCACGGAGGGCUGGUUCAUCGGCAUCAUGUGCGCCGUGGCGCUGCUCGUGCUGGUGCUGCUCUUCGUGUGCUUCGUGCGGCGCAGCAAGGGCGGCAAGUACCCGGUGAAGGAGCGAGAGUGCGCCUACCCAGACCCAGAGAAUCAGCAAAUGAGAGAGAACAUCUUUGCCGAGUGCAGAAUACGGAGACGCGACAACGAAAACAAACCACUGCAGGGUGGCUCGUCCGGGAGCAGCGACAGCGUGCGCUCAGGGGGGCGCCACGGUGCCGGCGACGGCGACGCCGACACCCAGGUGCCCUUCAACGAGGACGGCUCCUUCAUCGGGAAGUACGCGACGGCGACCGAGACCGCGGCUGCUGCGGCGACAACGGCGGUGGCGGCCAACGGAGGAGGUGGCGCAGGAGGAGGCGGAAGACGAGAGAACGGACACGCGCGGACGCGGAGAGGCUCGGAGGCCGACGACGCCUGCUGAAGUCGUCGCGGCAAGGGGGGUCAGGGACCGAGGGAGGGAGAUAAAAACGCACGAAACGCAAACACAGAGAUAUGUAAAGCAGGAAUAUAACUUAAAGCGAGUCCACCGUGCCGUGCGGGUGGGUCGUGGUUAACAGAUGAGAGUUGGCAAAAUUACAUUUGGGCAACGAAGAUAAGACCGUGACGGUAAUAAAUUCGGUACGAUCACAAGGGGUAACUGACGCCGCACUAGGCCUCGGCAAGGUAAAGUAAUUUACCCUUUUUACCGGGUAAAAGGGUAAAGGUAAAGGGUAGGGUAAAGAUAGCGCAGAAGAAUUAGCCGGUAGGGUAAAGGUAGCCAGAAGUAUUACCCGGUAAAUACCUUGUUUACCGCUCGCUAAAAGCUCCGUGGCGCAGUCCGUGGCCUCCAUUUUAAAUUGGAAUCAUCGAGAGUCUUCUAUGUGAAUAAAGCGCUCUACUGAGUAUUUACCUGUUAUAAACCUUUUUCAUGUGUAGUGCCCCAGUAAUUACCCUGUCAUCGGGUAAUUUGUAUGGGGUAGGUUAAAGGUAGGGUAAAGGUAGGC